AUGAGUAUUAAUAAUAAAGAUCUGAUUAUGUCAUUGACUCCCAAGAAUGAUUCCAAUGUACCCAAUAGAGGAUACGCGAGUGAUAAGUCUAAGGAGACGACGUCAAAGAAAAAAAGCCAACAGAAUAAGCCAAAACCUAAUCAAAAAGUGAAAUAUAGCAAAGAAUUUGGUACAUUGAAUGAUGAUUUUUCACAGAAGAUAGAGAAUCAAAUUAAGAGUGGUAAGCCCGUUAACGGUACGAAUAGGAAAAAUCAGAUUUCUAUUAACCAUUUGUUGGAAUUCCAGUCUUACAAAGAUCUGAAGGAGUACCAAAGCCGUCAUUUGAAAUCCAAACGACGGAACAGCAAUAACCUGUCAAGACCGGCAAAUUCUCAUGGACAUAAAUCUAAGGAUUAUUUCUACUCGAAAGUACAUUUAAAAGGUAUGUCGUUCAUUAAUGUAAACUACAAAUUCGUGGUUGAUUAUAGAAAUGAUUACAAAGCACAACAGUUAGAUCCCAAUGUGCCUAUUGAUACGAAAGAUAUUUUGCGAAUUGUUGUACCAAAGGGUAAUUCUUGCCCGAUUUGUUUGUCUGAUGAGCCUCUAGCACCUAGAAUGAUUACAUCUUGUGGUCACAUUUUAUGUUUAACAUGUCUAUUGUCGUUACUAGAGAGUGAAGUUCCUGUUUUCAAAAAGAGGGAAAAUACAGCUGUUGUUGAAAAGUACCGUGAUUGUCCGUUAUGUUUUUCUGUUAUACGUAAGAAUGAGAUUAAACCCGUAUUGAUUGAUAAUAUAGAUGAGAGGUUUGAAGUUCCAAAAGUAAAUGAUGAAGUCGUAUUAUCUUUAAUGGUACGGCCGCAUGAUAAAGUGUUAGCUUUACCUAGUAGCCACAAAGAAUAUCAUGAGGUAAUUGACAGUUUUCCAUGGGUUAACCAAUCAAUUCUGGAUAUGCCUGAUUUUGGACAAUUCCUGAGAAUUUUUAAAGGAGAUUUACAUUAUUUACUUAAUAUGUAUGAACUGGAAAAACAAACAAUCUUAGCUGCAUACGAAGAAGAAAAGUUGCUAUAUAAUGACGAUGGUAAGUUCACAAACUUGGCAAUUAAAAAUAUUGAUGAAGAUAUUGCAAAAUGGAAGGCAUACUAUGAAGAUAUAGAAGGAAAAUCUUCAAAAUACGCAGGUGAUCACCGUUCUAAGAAUAAAGAUUUGGAUUCGUCAAACUCGUAUUUUUAUUACCAAACUGGAUUCAACGCGUCGUCGACUUACGUUUUAUCUCCAUUAGACAUGAAGGUAUUGAAAACAAAUAAUAAUAACAAUUACACAUAUUUACCAUCUUCUAUAGUGGCAAAGAUAGAGAAUAUAAGGUACGAAGAAUUGGCGCCUGAAUCAUCAAUUACAAAGUAUAAAUAUUUAUCGCAUCUACCGUUGGGAACUACUAUUGGGUUUUUGGAAUGUAACUGGUCGCAAAAUGAAUUCAUUAGUCCUGAGACCUGGCAAAUGUAUAAGAAUGACUUACUUAAAAGAACAAAAAAUUCAAGCAAGAAGUUCCGUAAGGAGGAAAAGGACAGGAAAAGAGCUAUGAACGAAGAGGAGAUUAAAACCAGGAAUUUCUUUGAACGGGAAAACAAUGGAAGUAGUGAACUGAACGAUUACUACGACUCUCAAAUCGAACGUGGAAACUUCGGAAGUUUAAGCAUUAUUGAUCAUCGUGAAUUGCCGCCACUUUCUUCAGAAAAUGUCUUGGAGCCUAGCCAUAACAAUGAAAUAAGUAGCGAUUCUUCUGUAGGCGAAUAUCAAACUACCAUUUGGGGUACUAAGAUCCCAAAAGCUGAAAUUAUGAACGGUGAUUCAGAUAGUGACGAUUGGGAUGCUACAGAGAUGAUCAGAAAAGCAAAAGAGGAAAUUAAUAGACAAGAAACCGAUAAGGGGAAAGGUAAAGGGAAACAAAAGAAGAAAAAGAAACUUGUUCUUCUUUCAUCUAACUCUAAUUGGCAAAUGUAA